CUCUGAGUCAGGUAGGUGGGCUGGUGGGCUCUGGGCACAGUGGGCUGGGGGCCUAAGGGCCCUAGUGGCCCUAGAAACCAUCAUGGCCAUGGCUGAAUAUCCACGGCCUGAGUGGGCCUUGUAUCACAACCCCACCAACAACAACUGCCAGGAUGUGGGCAACUCCAUCCUACUGCUACUGGGCCUCAUCAUCUGCAUUAACAUUGGCAUCAAUGUGGUGAUCCUGCUCUGGAGCCGAGUCCGUGUCUUCUUACGCCAAAUGUUCCACAUCAUUUGUGAGAAAGAAACUGCAAAGUCAUCUUCACCUGGAAAGCCAACCCAGCCGAGGAAGCAGAGGUCCCCUGCAGUACAUCUCCGCUGCACCAUGAACCCUGUGAAAAUGACCGUGACCCCCCCACCCACUCGUCGUCGCCGCCAUCGAUCUUCUCCUCUGUGCCAUGCCCAUGGUCCCGUAGCUUGGAGCCCUGAUACUGACGAUGAAAAGCCCCCAUAUCAGAACCCAACAAUCUGUUGGGAAGUCCCCAGGGACUGGGAAGGCUUCCAACCCACACCGGAGACCUGGGAUUCCUGCACUCAGGACACUCUGGAGCCACCACCCCAUACUAAGCACUUCCAGUCAGCUAUGGAGAGAAAGCCACUCAAAACACACAUCCGGUCAGAGCAGAGCCUAGAGGCCUAUGUGUAUCCAGUGAACCCCUCACCUCCCUGUGGGGAGGCUGUGAACCACAAGAACACUGGGGUAGGGGCAGAGGCUGAGGCAGCACAGUGCCACCCUGUCCCACCAACCUUCCUGGGCCCAGCACUCAUUCCUGAAGUCCCUAGGCGACGCUCCUCAGGCCGAAUAGUGUAUGAUGCCCGAGAUGUGAGGCGGCGGCUUCGGGAACUGACCCGGGAGGUGGAGGCCUUGUCCCGCUGUUACCCCUUUGUGUCUAGAUCCAGCACUGCUGAGGGGACAGGCAAUGACUGGGUGUAUCGUUCUGUGGCAGGGAGGUGACGGGAAAAAAAAUAAAAAGGAAAGGAGAUA